GUCAGUGGAAACAUGUCUUCGGUGAGGAUUUUAAAAAAGAAAAGAAAGAAGUCACCAAAAUUCUUGGAAACAACAUUUCUGAGCAUUUUCUGGGCACUGGUUGUGUUCACUGGAGUCCGAGUGACAGCUAACACUUCACUCCUUCGAGAGAAGUGGAACGUGGGCGUUGUUUCCUCCGAUUUGUCUUCAUGAUGUUCGUCGUCUUACCUUUAGUAGAGGCCACAGUUCCUGGCCACAGCCCAGAAACCCAGACAGGAAGGCGUGACUCGGCCGUCUCCCAGCUGCUCCCGGAGACGCUGGGCACCUGCUGGAAAUGCUGUUUUCAGCGGACUGACUUACUGCACUGACAGGAAACCCCCUGACAUUUUAAUCUUCAACCAAAGAUAAUUGGUUGGUGAUCAUGAAAAUGAAAACUGGCUACAGCUCUUGGUGUCGAGACUUGGAUUUCAAUUUGAUUGAACGCCCUGUCUGCUUGUCCAUCCCCUCAGCGCACGUUUCUGUGAUGAUGGAUUGUCGCCCGUCAGAGCCCCCACCGCAUGUCUUCAUUUUACAGAGAAAAAAAUGCAUGCUGAAGGAAGGACCUCUCGCUGACACCUACAGACUGAUUCAAUUUCACUUUCACUGGGGCUCCUGUGACGGGCAGGGCUCUGAGCACACGGUGGACAAGAAAAAAUACUCAGCAGAGAAUAUGCAUCUGCUGGUUGUCGAUGAAAUCACGUGCUAGAUGCAGACAGUGGGUCAUCAGAAUUACGAUGAAGGAGAGCUGCACCUGGUCCACUGGAACACCAAGUAUGGGGCCUUCAGCAAGGCUGUGCAGCAGCCCGACGGGCUGGCUGUGCUGGGUGUGUUUCUGAAGGUUGGCGAUGCUAAACCGGGCCUACAGAAGGUCGUCGACGUGCUGGCUUCCAUUAAAACAAAGGGCAAGAGCGCCGCCUUCACCGACUUCGACCCUCGCGGGCUCCUUCCGUCGAGCUUGGACUACUGGACCUACCCCGGCUCGCUGACCACGCCCCCUCUCCUGGAGUGCGUGACCUGGAUUGUGCUCAGGGAGCCCAUCAGUGUGAGCAGUGAGCAGAUGACGAAGUUCCGUCAGCUCAGCUUCAGUGGGGAGGGGGAAGCAGAGAAACCCAUGGUGGACAACUGGCGCCCCGCACAGCCCCUGAAAGGCCGGCAGGUCCGGGCGUCCUUCCAGUGAGAGCGUCCCAGGCCCCGUGUCCCGCGGCCAGUCGGGACUCCCUGCCGGCUCGCAAUCUACUCCGCGAAUCGGACCCUGGCUGCUUGGCGUCCCGAACCUACACCCUCAUCUCUCGCCCAGCUUGCUUCCUAUUAAAGUGGGGGAGCUGACAGCAUUGCUGCGGGCGCUUCGCCCGGCCUGGCCUUUCUGUAGGAGCGUCUCACUCGAGGGAGAGCAGGAGGUGCCCUGACCUGCUCACAGCGCCGGGGUGAGCGCUGCCCCGAAAGCGCGUCUUAAGCAGCAAGAACCGCACUGAGCUCAGAUCUUAUCCUGAGGUCAACCGAGCGGUGUGAUGAAAUCAGGCGAAAUACUCCCCAUUCUGCGUGAUGUGAACCCGAUGAAGUCAAUGUUCCUGACUCCAAGAUGUCGUAUGAAAGAGAAACUUUAAAUUUCUUAUAUAUUUGUAGCAACAUUAUCUUAACUAUGAACUCUGUUGUAAUUUAGUGACUUUCGAAUUACAGAGGUGUACAUGAGAUAUUAUCUGUAAAAAUUGUUAUAACUAUAGUUGUGAUACAGAGUAUAUUUCCAUCCAGAUAAUAUAUCCUAAGUAAAUAAAUGCUGUAUUUUAGAUAUAUUCUCUAAUAAAAUCUGGAAUUCUC